AUGCCUACAAUGCAAAGGGAGCUCGAUAGAAAGGAGGUCAAAGGAGUAAAUCAGCCUCUUGCAGAAAAUUCUUCGAGUAAGCGUCCAGCUAUUAAUGAUAGAAUUGAAUACCGAUAUCCUGGUAUCAAAGAUAACUUCAAACGAUGGACAGCUGACAAGGAUGGUAUUGAAUAUCCAGCCAUGAAAGGGACUCACAUAUGA